AUGGUGCUAGUAGGCUACUCGGAUUCAGAAGGCUCAGAUGCCGAACCAGAUACUACACCCGCACCCCAGUUCACCAAGGCAAAGAAGAUCGACUCCAAAACUGGCUUCCAGGUCGACCGCAACAACCCGCGCAGGAUCCGCAUGGCGAUUCCAGAAAUCAAACCCGAACACCCAUCCAGCGAAGAUCCCGAAGAUGGUCCGCGCAAAAAGGCUCGGUUAGGUGGAGGAGGUCUUGCGGGAUUCAACUCUUUCCUUCCAGCGCCGAAACGAACAGCUGAAAAGAAAGCACCAGUGGCGACAGCACGAAAAGCAUUUAGCCUUAAAACAGGAGCAGGCCCUGGAUUUGAUCGCUCGGCUGAUGCGGAGAUGAGGAAUGAUUACGCAUUUGAAGAUCUAGCGGGAGAUGCGGGCACCACAUCUGCACCUGGCAGCUCAAAAGCCGACACUCCAUCAGAUGCACCAGAGACAAUGAAAAAUCCAGUGGAGGUCAAACUGCAGGGAAAUCCGAUGAUCGCCGAAACCUGCUCAACCUCUACAGCAAGCCCCCCAUCUGCAUCUGCACCUGCACCACCCAAGCCCAAAGUCAGUCUCUUCUCUCUAUCGUCGGAGACUACUUCUCAGCCAGAUCCGGCACCUGGACCAUCAGCAACCUACCAGCCGCUGGUAUACAACGCCGAGGGCGAAGAAGAGGAACCAGCAGCUGGUCCAGUACUCGCCGAGCCCACACAAAUCGCCAUGGACCGUUCAACAGCAACAGUAUCAACCAAUCCUACAUCAUCCUUGGACAGCAUUGCCAACGAUUUGAACUUGUCCAAGGCUGAAAGACGCCAGCUUUUCGGUCGGAAUGCCAAUGUCACUUCGUCACAGUCACAGGUGCGUACCUUCAACACAGACGAGGAGUAUGCGUCGAACAAGGUUCUGGCCGAAGGCGAGCUGGCCGGAGCACAGCACAACCCUGUACGCUCUAUUGCGCCGGGCAAGCAUACCCUCCAGCAAUUGCUCAAUGUUGCAAGUUCGCAGAAGGAGGCAUUGGAGGAGAGCUUUGCAACGGGUCGGAGGAACAAGAAGGAAGCUGGAUCCAAGUACGGAUGGUAG